AUGUCUUUCGACACAGCAAUCACCUCGGCACUCAAGGAACCGUCCACGAAGUACGGAUUCUGGCUCACUCUCCCGAGUGCGGGUGCUGCCAAGACUAUCCUACGUUCUGCCUCUUUCGCUCCAGGGGGGGGCUUCUCAUGGGUGCUGGUGGACGCUGAGCAUGGUUUAAUCUCGGACCAACAUUACUAUGAGCUUGCCAAUGCCAUUGCCUCAGAAGGUGCAAGCCCUAUUGUUCGCGUGCCAUGGUCUGAGGAAUGGAUGAUCAAGCGGGCGUUGGACGCCGGAGCCCACGGAAUCCUGACGCCCAUGUGCCAUACACCUGAUGACGCCAAGCGGAUUGUUAGUUACUGCAAAUACCCACCUCUUGGAAGCAGAGGAUACGGCCCAAUGUAUGCCUCUCACUCGAUACCUGGGAUCAAGGCGGGCGAGUAUGACAGUGGGGCGGACAAGGGAUUGAUGGUUGCGGUACAAAUUGAAUCAAGAUCUGGCGUUGAUAAUGUCGAGGAGAUCGCCAAGGUCGAGGGACUUGACGCACUGUUGAUUGGUCCCUUCGAUCUUGCUAAGCAAAUGGGAGUCGAGCGAGGCGGCGAAGAGCAUGAGGCUGCUAUCCAACGGACUUUGAAGGCCGCCAAGGCAGCAGGCAAGAAGGCUGCCAUUUUCUGCUCCAAUGGUGAGCAAGCUAAAACCCGCGCUGAUCAAGGUUUUGACAUGGUUUCCAUCAUUACCGACGUUGGCAUUCUCGAAAGCGGAUUCUUGCGCGAGCUGGGCACUGCGAAGGGCCAAGACGGUCAAGCCAAGGAGAGAGGCGGUUACUGA